CAAGUAUCACGACCUUCGUGAUUUUUAAACUUCAAUAAACGACGAAGGUUUGCCUUAGACUUUAACGCAUUCAACUCUUCUUCAACACUCGUACCAUCUACAAUAUCAAUUCAAAAUGGCGUCCAAGAAGGUUUUGAUGCUCGGAGCUGGCUUCGUCACGCUCCCUACUCUCCACAUCCUCAGCGAAGCUGGCAUCGCGGUCACUGUUGCUUGCAGAACCCUCGCAUCGGCUCAAUCCCUCGCCAAGGGUGUCAAGCACUCCAACCCCGUUUCCCUCGACGUGAACGACGACAAGGCUCUCGAUGCCGAAGUUGGCAAGCAUGAUUUGGUCAUUAGCUUGAUCCCCUACACCUUCCACGCUACCGUCAUCAAGUCUGCAAUUCGCCAGAAGAGGCAUGUCGUCACCACGAGCUACGUCUCGCCAGCUAUGCUGGAGUUGGAUCAACAGGCUAAGGAUGCUGGUAUCACGGUCAUGAACGAAAUCGGUCUAGACCCUGGUAUCGACCAUCUAUAUGCCGUCAAGACGAUCGAGGAAGUUCACAAGGCCGGAGGCAAGAUUCUAACUUUCUUAUCCUACUGCGGUGGCUUGCCGUCUCCGGAGGACUCGGACAACCCUCUAGGUUACAAGUUCUCCUGGUCGUCUCGUGGAGUCCUCUUGGCCUUGCGAAAUGCGGCCAAGUAUUGGAGGGACGGUAAGGUAGUUGACGUUGCAUCCAAGGACCUCAUGGGUACCGCAAAGCCGUACUUCAUUUAUCCCGGAUACGCCUUCGUUGCUUACCCGAACCGUGACUCGACUCCUUACAAGGAGCGUUACAACAUCCCGGAAGCUCAGACAAUCGUCCGCGGUACUCUCCGAUACCAAGGCUUCCCUCAAUUCAUCCGAGUGUUGGUUGACAUCGGAUUCUUGGAGGAUGCUGAGCAUGACAUCUUCAAGCAAUCCGUUUCUUGGAAGGAAGCGACACAGAAGGUCCUUGGUGCAUCCUCAACCAGCCAAAGCGAUCUUGAGUCCGCAAUCACGUCUAAGACCACAUUCGAGUCCCCCGAGGACAAGACGCGAAUUUUAAGUGGUUUACGAUGGAUCGGCCUCUUCUCGGAUGAGAAGAUCACCCCUCGAGGCAACCCGUUGGAUACCCUCUGUGCCACAUUGGAGAGGAAGAUGCAGUAUGAGGAGGGUGAGCGAGACUUGGUUAUGCUCCAACACAAGUUCGAGAUUGAGCAUAAGGAUGGCAGCCGGGAAGUUAAGACGUCGACCCUGGUCGAGUACGGCGAUCCCAAAGGUUACUCCGCUAUGGCCAAGCUAGUUGGUGUCCCGUGCGGUGUGGCAGUCAAGCAAGUCCUUGAUGGUACGAUCUCGGAGAGAGGUAUCCUUGCUCCGAUGAACUCGAAGAUCAACGACCCCUUGAUGAAGGAGCUGAAGGAGAAAUACGGAAUUUACCUUAAGGAGAAGACCAUAUUGUAAACGGUUGGUCGACCACCGUACGUCUUCUAACCAAUUUACGGUGAUUAUGGUUAGGUAGUGCAAGGCGAAAAGGGGAUUUCGGUGCCCCAUAGGGAGGGCUAUGAUUUACGAUGCUUUUAAAAGGUAGAGAAAAAUAAGGCUUCACAUGGACGCAAAAGGGGUUAGAUAUCCAUGAAUCAAAUAAAAAUUCAUAAGGAUUACCUAUAAAUAUCCUACGUAAUUUUAUGAAGGUAUUUAGAGAAGCGUUAGUACUAACGUUUGCGACUACUAGUAAUUUUCAGUUAUCGAGGUGGAGAAAUAACAUAUUUUCCAGUGGGG